AUGGAAGACCUCGAAUCAAGCAAUAUUACAUUCGAGCCAAAUAAUUCGGCACAAUCUUCACCAUUUGUCGCCACGGACGAUGCAUCUGAUUCUCCAACGGACUAUAGCGGACAUAGUUUGAAUGGGUCGGGCCCGUCCACGCCUAUGACUGCCGAUUGCUUGGAUAUAGCACCGGAAAUACCGAAUAUAAACGUGUAUUAUCCCUAUGAUAUCGAGGAGCCAGAUGAUGCAUGUGAGAUCGACACUGCUGCUCAAAACCUGGGUUUGCCAGACUCCUUUGAGAGGUGGCAGCGCGACCUUCUAGAAUACAUGAAUGACCUGGGUAACAGCCCACCAAAACGAAAUAUCCCAAGGCCUUUGAUGGGUCCUAUGAGAGGCCAGAAGCGCAAAUCUGGGAGCAUGUCCGGAGUUGGGCACCACUCAUCGUUACACACCCAGCACUCGAUAUCGAAAGCCGGACCAGGCGAAGGGCCAAUACCCGUGCCUGGUUUGUGUCCAAAGCGACGACGGAGACGAAGUAAUCCUUCGGGUGGCUCUACGAAGGUUCUGCAUUCGGUUAAUUUGGAUGAGACCCAUGAAAAUGGAGGUGAUGGGAGCUCGAGCUCAGAUCAGUGGUCAACCGAUAGCAGUUCCGAUACGACACACGAGCCCGCCUUAGCCGACGAAAUGGACAUUGACUGA